AUGACGUUUGCUGACAGUUGUGCUUUGUUAUCGUGCAGAAUAUUUUCCACUUAUUUAAGAAGAACAAAAUUUUCGUGUAUUAGUGCAGUCAGAUUUCAUAUGGAUAUAAGAGAUGAAGCGAAGUCCGCAAUGGAAAUCGUUAACGUUCCUCCGAUUGUAUCAACAUACCGGCAGGCAUUGCAUACCUUCGAUGACAAGUACAAAAACGAUCUUAAUACAAACUUACUUAAGUUAAAAUCUAUGAUGAAUAAUUUAAAAGCGGAAGAUUUGGGAUACGAUAAUACUCUUAGUGACCCGGGGACUUGGCGGAGACCGAACAAGGCGCCAUGUACGUACGUGGAAGUGUUUCAAAAUAGUCUUGUGAAUAUGAGCAUAUUUGUCUUGAAGCCGGGAUUUAAAAUGCCAAUGCAUGACCAUCCACAUAUGCAUGGACUACUGAAAGUGAUAGCGGGUGCUGUACGCAUAAGGAGUUUUACGGAAUUCCCGCUCAAAGAGGCCGUUAAUGAAAUAGAUUUCGCAAUUCGUGCCAAACACGAAGCGGCCCGUAUCGCGCACGGAAUUCACAGACGGAGAAGAUUAUUUGCUACAAUAUCACAAGACUCAAUAUGUGCAGCGAAUAGUGAAACUUGUGUUCUAACACCAACAAUAUCAAACUAUCAUGAAAUUGAAGCAUUGGAAAUGCCAGCUGCAUUUUUUGAUAUACUUUCCCCACCUUACGAUACCUUGAUAGAAGACAUUGGGCCUAGAAGAUGUAGAUAUUAUUACGUAGCAAAUGAAAUAAGCAACAAUUUAGUUGAAUUACAAGAAACAAAAGUGCCAGAUUGUUUUUAUUGUGAUCAAGUUCCAUACUUAGGUCCAUAUCUUGGGUAAGAUAUAAAUGUAUUUACAAACUCAUGUUAAUAUAAUAUGUAAAAGUUAACAUUACACAGUUUUAUGUUACCAUGGUAUCUUUCAAGUUCAAAGACACAUUGAAUAUACCUACUUAUUGUUAUUGUGUGCUCUUGUGGUUAUUAGUAUAUAAUUAGUUACCAUAUGAGGAUACCCUAUAAACGAGAGUAAGGAUUAGAGAAUCCAUUGUCCUUACAGACAACCUCCAUAAGCGAGAAACUUGAGUUAGAGAGAAACCUUUAUAAGUGAAAAAAUAUUGCGGUCACUUGAAUUCACCUUUAUCCAGGAUCAACUGUAUAUAUUUAAAAAUCAAAAUUAAUAAAUUAAUAGACACUUCAAUCACUAAACAAAGGUCACCAAGUUUUAUUUUUCAACAAUAUCUUUCUAAAGCAUCAAUCAAUUAUGAGUCAAAAGCAAAACUAGGUAAUGUCCACUUUUACCUAAUUUAAAAUUAAUGUGUUACAAAACAAAAGUAUUUAUAUAACUGAAUUGCUGUAGAAUAAUGGUUAAGGGUACAUAAUACUUAUGAUCAUGGGUUAGAAUCCAUUUUCAUGAACCUUACAA